AGCAUGUAGAAUAAACCUUAGGCAUGAUUUGUACAGUGUUUAAUUUAAGGUCAAGGGUUAAAUAGUGAGGUUUAAAACCGUUCCUUAAACUUCUGUUUACCUCAAGCAUGAAUUGUGCAACUGCAAAUAUAUUAUGUAUUGCAAAGCACCGAUCACUGUGUCAUGUGUCUUUUAUAUCAGCAAUGUUUCAAGUUCCCGUUGCAACCUAUAAAAAAAGGACUCGAAAACAGAUUCUGGAUGUGAUGAUCCAAAGGCAAAAACGAAUUAACAGAAAAGUUGCACCUGUGAUUGAGAUUGAUAAACAACUCACAAUAAACCAAAUUGCCAAAGUAACUGACAAGCCAAAAGAUUACGUUCUUGAUGCGUUGUAUUUAGUAAACCCAAAAUAUGAAGUAAAAAGUCACAAUAGAGAAAUGCUGGAAUCUUCAAUAGUGUCAGCAGUAAUAACCAAGCUUGGUUACCGAUAUAAACACAAGCAGCCGAAAAAAGUAACCAACACAGAAGAUAAGAAUGCUUACCCAAGGGAUUUUAAAACUGAUGAAAGUAAAAACAUGAAACAGCGAUCACCAGUAAUCACGAUCAUGGGUCAUGUUGAUCACGGGAAAACGACACUCCUGGAUAAACUGAGGAAAACUACAGUGGCAGCUGGUGAAGCUGGUGGUAUCACACAAAGGAUUGGAGCAUUUGAAGUUGUAUUGGAAAACGGGCAAACCUUGACAUUCCUGGACACCCCUGGUCAUGCUGCUUUCUCUUCCAUGAGGCAGAGGGGAGCAAACCUCACAGACAUAGUAGUGCUUGUAGUAGCUGCUGAUGAUGGAGUUAUGGAACAAACAGUUGAAUCGAUCAAUAUGGCUCGCAAUGCAAAUGUUCCAGUCAUUGUAGCUGUCAAUAAAUGUGAUGUAAAAUCUGCUAAUCCAACAGAAGUCUUACUUGAGCUAGCUGAGGUUGGUUUACAAGCUGAGGAAGUAGGAGGUGACAUACAAACUGUUGAGAUCUCAGCAAAAACUGGAACAGGUUUACAAGAUCUGAUAGAAUGCAUUUUAGUACAAGCUGAUGUGUUGGAACUUACUACAGACCGUACCUCGGCUGUGGAAGGUGUUAUUGUGGAGUCGCGACUUGAGAAAUAUUUAGGAAGUGUCGCAAGCGCUGUUGUUCAACAUGGUACUUUAAAAAAAGGAGAUCACCUUGUUGCUGGUACCUCCUAUGCAAAAGUGAAGCAACUAUUUGAUGAAAAUGGUCGAGUGAUCAAAACAGCGACAGCGAGCAUGCCUGUUGACAUCGCUGGGUGGAAGACACUGCCUCCAAGUGGUGAAGUAUUACUGCAAGUUCCAACUGAAGACAGAGCAAAAGAAGUUGUGGAAUGGAGAAAAAGGCUGCAACAAGAAGAGAAAAAUCUGGAAGACUUUGAGCAAAUAUCUCAACACAGGCAGGAAGUUAGAAGAAUGUACAACAAUGCAAGAAAAAAGUUUGCACACAAGUGGUAUUUAAGGAGGAAAUUUCUUGGGGAAGAAACUGCUGAACUUAUCAAAAGAAAAAGUGGUGUGCCAGAAUUGAACAUCAUAUUAAAAGCUGACCUGGAUGGUUCCUUGGGUGCAGUGAACGAUCUACUGUGUUCAUACAACUGUCACGACGUGUGUGAACUACAAGUGGUAACAGAACAAGUGGGAGAAAUACGAGAAUCAGACAUUGAACUUGCUAAUACAUUAAACGCUGUUAUUGUCACAUUCAAUGUUUCACCAAGCAAAGAAAUAAAGGAACUCGCCGAAAAAUCUGAUGUUGAAAUUCUCAGUUUUAAUGUUAUUUAUCAUUUAUUUGACGCUUUGGUUAAAGCUAUUGAAGAACUACUACCUCCAGUUCUUAAGAAUGAACUGCAAGGUGAUGCGUUAGUUUUGGACACUUUUACAACCUCAGAAAAUAAAUCUUCAUUAGUAGCUGGUUGUAAGGUGAAACAAGGCAACAUUAUAAUGAAGGAUUCUCAUGUUUGUCAGUUAAUUCGUGGUAAUGAAGUUAUACAUGAAGGUAAACUUUUGUCGAUGUUUCAUCAAAAACUUCCUAUCACUUCUGCUAAUAUUGGCCAGCAAUGUGGUUUGCUGUUUAAAGGUGACGGUAUUCUUCCAGAAAAAGGGGAUGUGAUAAAAUGUUUUAAAACAUCUUACGUACCAAACAAGUUAAAAUGGAAGCCAUCUGGCUUUUGCUAGGCAAUUUAUUUAUUUCUUACUCUACCUAUAGUCAAUACAAAAUCUUGCUGAAACGAUGAAACUGUUUGGCACGAAGCUGGUUUUAAGUGGAAGGCCUGGGAUAAAUAUUAACUUUGUAUCUCUGUUAGACAGAAGAUAUACGUUUGAAAUUGCUACCAUUGUGGUCUUGUGUGUCCUUGAG